AUGCCCUCAGAAAAGCCAACCAAGGAGCCGCCGACGGAUACCGAGCGCAAGAUGGGGAUUACCUGGGAUGUCCCAGUGUUGUUCGGUAUCAUGUUCAUCCUCUCGACGGCGGAGCUGGGCUUCAGCGUUGACACAUUCCAGUACAAGCAGAAAACACAUACAUGGGACUCGUCCACAGAGCGAUCGAGGAUUGCCUUCCUGAUAUUCUCGUCGGUGAGGACAAUGGCGCUGUCGUCCGUGUACAUUGGGUUUCACUUUGCGCAAAAGGUGUUCGGGUCGAUGCACCAUUCCAUAUUUGUGGUUCUAUCGACGAUAUUCUGGAUCGUCUCCGGUGUCCUGAUCCACACGCUCUUCGGCCUCAUCGAAUGCGGCGGGGUGGGACGAAUCCAAGGCGGCCUAAACGAAUGCCACGAGCUGAAGAUCAUCGAGGUGCUGAGCUGGGUGCUCGCAGGGAUGAGCGUCGUCAGCGCCGUGCCAGUUGUCAUGCGUGCUCUGGAUGAGAGGAAGCACAAGUUGGAGCGCAAACAGCGACUCCAGGGAGGAAAACAGCCAUUGGGCCACCAGAUUGUGUAA